AGUGGCCAGCUUGGCGGCGAGGGACGACGACCCCCACGAGCGGUGGACGCGCCCAUCUCCUCCCUCUCCCCUCCUCAUCGCCUCCUCUCCGGCCAUGUCGGUGCCGCCCGCCGGCCACCGCCAGGUGUCGCUGAGGGGGUCGAGCGCGAGGGAGAUCACCCGCGACGCGCUGCUGCAGAAGGUGUCCGAGGAGCGCCAGCUCCGCAGCCACCUCCGCCGCGCCGCCGCCGCCGCCCUCUCCAUCCAGCGAGUUUGGAGAAGGUACUUAGUCGUAAGAAUUGUUUCAGAACAGCUCCAUGAAGAGUGGGAAGUAUUAAUAGACCAGUCUGCCAUUAAUCUGACAAAACAAUGGAUAUCAAGCAUGAUGCUUAGACCAUUUCUUUUCUUCAUUACUCAACCAUCAAGCUGGUAUAAGGGACAACAGGACAAGGCUUUAAACUCAAUUUCUGCAUGCUUCAAAAUCAUCUUGGAUAGCAUAAACUCAAUGGAUGCAAGCAAAAAUUUAUGUUCCUUUGCUGUGGGCACACCAGAAGAGAGGUCUAUUUGGCUUUAUCAGGCAAAAAGGUUGAUUUCACUGUGCUCAUUCAUUCUUGCCAGGUGUGACCAUUCUUGCUGCAAGGAUGGAAAGAUGGUUCAAAUUACGUCCACUGCUAUGAGGUUGGCUGUGUCUUUAACUGAUUGCAGAACGUGGAAAAAAUUUCUAAGUUUGGAUACUAAAGCUGCUGAUGCAUCAGUGGACAAUUUGAUUGACUUUAUUGGUGCAAGCCAGAGUGGUACAUAUAGCUGUCUUAGGAGAUAUAUAACUCAUCUUGGUUCUCUUGGUUCCUUGGACAAGAAAAAUUCUUCAAUCUCCGCAGAUGAUCACUUCCUGGUUACUGCUAGUGCAGUCACUAUUGCACUACGGCCUUUCCAUUCUAUAAGAGCAGGGAGGGGUUCUGAUCUAAAUGGUGCUUCAAAGGAAUACUUUACACUUAUACUCACAAUUCCAGAUCUUUGCAAACGCUUGCCAUCUCUGUUGUUGCCUGCUAUAAAGCACAUCAAUAUACUACAACCAUCCCUAGAUAUUUUACUGAUUUCCAAGGACAAAAUAUUUGAAGAAAUAGCUAAAUUGGAGAAGUCAGAGGUUUCUAGCGGUGGUUCCAGUAUCAUUCCCUACUGUGGCUGGGCUCUUGGAAAUAUUGUUACUUUAGCUACAGAGCAUGAUGAUCUGUCCAAUUUAGGGUGCUUUGUUCAAGGGCUAGAUUGUUGCCUAUAUGUUGAUGCAGUUAACUGUGUUUCCCAAAGCUUACUGAAGUUUUUUGAGGAAAGCAAGGAAGUACUUCAUUGUUUCAGUGAUAGUGCUGAUAGAUCUUUCAUCAAGGAAAAUGAUACCAGUGACAGCUGCAACAGAACACUCUUUAUGGACCUUCUGAAGCCAAUUUACCAGCAGUGGCACCUCAGGAAACUUUUAGCAUUGACAAAGGGAGAUGCUUUGUGCAAGAGGCAAAAUAAUCAUGACCCAGUUACACAGACCCAUUCUCGUAGCCUCAAUUUGCUGGAUGUUGUAUGCUUUUACUAUCACAUGCUCCGAAUUUUCUCUUUACUGAACCCAUCUAUUGGUUCAUUACCUAUUCUCAACAUGCUCUCGUUCACCCCUGGGUUUCUUGUUGAUUUAUGGGGGACAUUAGAAAUAUCUAUUUUUGGACAAGAUAUUCAUAAAUCACAAGAACCGAAAUAUGAUAAAGAAUCGGCUGCAAGUAGUUCAGGUGAACAAGUAUCCUCCAUGAGGCAAAGAAGGAAUUUCAAGGACACAUCAAACAAGUGGUCAAAUGUGUUCCAGAAGAUUACAGGAAAAUCAAACGAUGCAGAGGAUACCAAUUUGGUUGAUAGUUCUUUAAAUUCCGAGCACAGUGUUGAAGCAUUAAUUUUAUGGGAUAUUGAAGCCAUGAGACAAGGAUCUGAGUGUAUUGGAAAGGAUUUAAUGCAAAUGUUGUAUCUGUUUUGUGCUACGUAUGGACACCUAUUGCUUGUGCUAGAUGAUAUUGAGUUCUACGAGAAGCAGGUUCCUUUUACCCUGGAGCAGCAACGGAAGAUUACAUCUUCACUCAAUACAUUUGUAUACAGUACUUACAUUCAGAAUGGUGGAAGCAGCAGCAAACCACUUAUAGAUGUAACUGUGAGAUGUCUUAAUCUAUUAUAUGAAAGGGACAGCAGGCACAAGUUUUGUCCUGUCUCUCUGUGGCUGGCACCUGCUAGGCAUGGCCGAAUUCCAAUUGCAGCAGCUGCAAGAGCCCAUGAGGCAGCAUUUGCUACACUGCCAGGAAAUCACUUUUCUGGAAUUCCUAUCCGGAGCUCUGUACUUACUACAAUACCACAUGUGUAUCCAUUUGAGGAAAGAGUGCAGAUGUUUAGAGAAUUUAUUGAAUUAGACAAAGCAUCCCGAAGAGUUACCGGAGAAGUAUCUGGGCCAGGUCCAGGAUCUAUUGAGAUAGUUAUUCGUCGAGGUCACAUUGUUGAAGAUGGAUAUAGGCAAUUGAACUGUCUUGGAUCAAAACUGAAAUCUUGCAUUCAUGUGUCGUUUGUCAGUGAAUGUGGCCUUCCUGAAGCUGGUUUAGACUAUGGUGGUUUAUCAAAGGAGUUCUUGACAGAUCUGUCUAAAGCUGCCUUCAGUCCAGAAUACGGGCUCUUUUCACAAGCAUCAGCAUCUGAUAGUAGUUUAAUUCCAAGCAAUUCUGCUAAACUUUUGGAUAAUGGCAUUGAUAUGAUUGAAUUUCUUGGCCGAGUUGUUGGCAAAGCGCUUUAUGAAGGAAUUCUAUUGGACUAUUGUUUUUCACCAGUAUUUGUGCAGAAACUUCUAGGGCGCUAUAGUUUUUUGGAUGAACUAUCAACUCUUGAUUCUGAGCUUUAUAGAAGUCUAAUGCAACUCAAGCACUAUGAAGGGGAUGUUGAGGACCUAUGUUUAGAUUUCACUGUGACUGAAGAGUUGGGUGGUAGAAGAAUUGUCCAUGAACUGAGGCCUGGUGGUAAAAAUAUCUCAGUUACAAAUGAAAAUAAACUGCACUAUGUUCACGCUAUAGCAGACUACAAGCUCAAUCGUCAGAUACUGCCUUUUGCAAAUGCAUUCUACAGAGGACUCAGUGAUCUCAUUUCACCAUCUUGGCUGAGCUUGUUUAAUGCAAAUGAAUUUAAUCAGCUACUUUCAGGUGGAUUACAGGAUUUUGACGUCGAUGAUCUGCGGAACAACACCAAGUAUACUGGUGGUUAUACUGAGUCAAGUCGAACCGUCAAACUCUUCUGGGAGGUUAUCAAAGGAUUUAAGCCAACGGAACGUUGCAUGCUACUGAAGUUUGUCACAAGCUGUUCCCGGGCACCAUUACUUGGAUUCAAGUAUUUGCAGCCUUCUUUCACAAUCCAUAAGGUUCCAUGUGAUGUAACACUUUGGGCUACAAUUGGAGGCCAGGACGUGGAUCGUCUUCCAUCUGCUUCCACAUGCUACAACACACUCAAGCUUCCAACAUACAAACGGUCAAGUACACUGAGGAGCAAACUGCUGUAUGCGAUUAGCUCAAAUACUGGGUUUGAACUGUCAUAGAGGUAAGAACAUUUUGCGGUCGUCAUGUUUUUCUGUGGAUAGAGUAACAGGAUUAGGUUUGGCACGCAAAUUGAGUGCCGUAGCCAAGACAAUGCGCUUGUAAUUGGUAUCUGCACUGCAAUAAAUUUAGCUGCCUAUUCCGAACAUCGUUUUUGGAGGUAGGACAUAGUUGAUAACCAGUGUAUUCGCAUUGAUUAUUUAUAUUAGAAAAAGUCCAUUUAUUCUUGGACUAUUUCACCAGAGCACUUAACCACCCAAACCAUUUUAUUUUGGCUCGUUUUACAACUAUUGAAAAAUGUU